CCAAAACAAUAGUGUAAUCGGCAUUUAUUUAGUUUGAUGUGAUUUUACACAGGUAACAAUCUGAACUGAAGCACUGCAAUGGCAGGCAGAGGCCGAGGUAAAUCCGGCGGAACCCUCACACAGGAGCAGCUACAAUCGCUGGGUGUAACGAGCAAAGAAAUUCAAGCCGUUACAUCUGCGGCCCCGCCUCCCAUAUAUCCACCUCUGAUGUCGAAGCCGGUACAAUUAGAGUCUAGUGUGGACCGGAAUUACAAGAUAUUGUGGAAGGAGGACUUUAUCUCAUUCUUACGAGAGUCGGCUUACUUUACAACGAAGAAAAGCUCAAAACUGCCCGUUCAGCGGUACUCGGAUAAAGUUAUUAACGUGAUAGAAAAUGACCCCAAAACAAAACGGGAUGGAGAUUUUCUCUGGAAUUGCAUGCCCGCAGAAAUAAGGCCCAACUUUAAACGGAUUAAAACGGCUACAAGCUCAGGCAGAACGAAGCGUCCUCGGACCGCCGCCGAUAUUGACGCCAAACUGCAGGCACUGGAACAGAAAGAAACCUCUUUCGAAAAGGCGGAUGUCGUGAAGAAGGAGAAGAGUGAGUCGGAAGACGAAAAAGACGACGAACAGGAGGACGAGAUGGCCGACGAAGAGAUGGAUGACGACAACGAUUACGGGAACAACUACUUUGAUAAUGGCGAAGCUUACAACGACGAAGAUGACAAUCUCGACGAUGGUCCUAUUUAUUGAUUAAAAGCGAACGUAACGUUUGAAAACACGGACGAGAAGACGCCAUUUUUAAUACGAACCGUAUGCUUCGGUUUAUUUAACGGGCAUGAAAGGGCACUUCAAUGCGAUUGUGCGAUUUCAGAGAAAAAGUCUAAGAUAUCGUUAAUGGUAAACUCGAGGGUUAUCAUCGAGCCAGCGUAACAUCGCUGAAUCCACUGCUCCAGGGAGUUGUACUGCGUGAUGAACUCUUGCUGCAUCGCUCGCCAAACAACCUGUAGGAGGUUUUCUUCCUCGCAGAGAUGCUUUUCUACCUUCCGAUACAGUUGCUCGAGUCCCUUCUUGACUUCUCGCGCCGGAUAGAGGCUAAUAACUUUGCGCAGUUCUUGCUUUGAGUACGCCAUCUGGUAGCUGAUCUCCGUGUCUUUCACGCCCUGUUGAACGCGUACUUGAACACCCUCGAAAAAUUGCUGUAAACAUGAAAAAGAAACGAUUGGCUUACACGACUUCAAAGCUUCUAUGGUGCGUGUGCAAUGUAAUUUACAACUCACAUUCAGUUUCUCCAAUGGGCGUCCAAAGUACUUCGUCACGUACGCCCUUUGUGCAUCGUUAUAGCGCGCUUUGGCUUCCUUCCGCAAAUUUUCCAGCACAUGAACUUUUAACUGGGAAAGCGUUGAGUGCAUACGAUGAUAGUUUUCCAUUUUCACCACCUGAUGCGGAGUCUUUGGAUGCUCCACGGCUUGCAAAGAAAUGCGUUCAAAGAUCACCUCGGCCAGUUUAAGAUACCAUUUAUCUAGAUCGUUUCGUCGCUCAGUUUUCUUGAAAAUACUUUCCGCCGUCACGGCGAACUCUUCAAAGUUCUCAACGUACGGUAGUAGGCCACAUUUGGAGCGUUUCGGAAUUUUCGACUCUUCAAUGGAUUGCAGCUGCAGUUGCAUAAACUUAUCGAAGCUUCGCUUCACAUGCACCAGAGCGGACGCGAAUGUCAUGCUCAAGAACGAAUGCGCAUCUUGCGCCGACAUUACGUGCUGGGUAAGGCGAACC